ACACUCACUAUAUAUAAAGAGAACCAAUGCACACCAAUUCUCAUAAUUCCCCCUCACUUUUGCCUUUGCACAACAUACACGUUCUCCUAUCCUAGCUACUUACUCUCUCUUCCUUCAAUUCCUCAACUCUCUAGCUCUUAUGGAAACUCAACACCAACAACCCACCAUCAAGUCUAGGUUCAGACGCAUCUGUGUCUACUGUGGUAGCAGCCCUGGCAAAAACCCCAGCUACCAGCUCGCUGCUAUUCAACUCGGAAAACAACUGGUGGAGAGGAACAUUGACUUGGUUUAUGGAGGAGGAAGCAUAGGGUUGAUGGGUCUAAUCUCACAAGUUGUGUAUGAUGGUGGACGCCACGUGUUAGGGGUGAUUCCAGAGACACUUAAUGCAAGAGAGAUAACUGGAGAGAGUGUUGGAGAAGUGAGAGCUGUAUCGGGCAUGCACCAACGCAAAGCCGAAAUGGCCCGACAAGCCGAUGCAUUUAUUGCACUGCCAGGUGGAUAUGGCACCCUUGAAGAACUACUGGAAAUUAUCACCUGGGCUCAACUAGGCAUCCAUGAUAAACCGGUGGGGUUGUUGAACGUGGAUGGGUACUACAACUCGCUGCUGGCAUUCAUGGACAAAGCUGUGGACGAAGGUUUCGUAACACCAGCUGCCCGUCACAUUAUUGUUUCUGCCCACACUGCCCAAGAACUCAUGUGCAAACUUGAGGAAUAUGUCCCCGAGCACUGUGGCGUGGCCCCCAAGCUAAGUUGGGAGAUGGAGCAACAGUUAGUUAACACUGCAAAGUCAGAUAUUUCCCGUUGACUAAUAACUAAAUAAUUAAUCUUCUACAAGCUCACUAAUGCACCAUCAAAGACCCUAGAUUUAGUGUAUAAGUAUAAAGUAUAAUAUAACCUCAACCCCAUGAUGUAGUUGUAAGCUCCACAGAAUAGGGCGACCACAGUCGUUUUUAGUUUAGCUGUGGAUCUAAUCAUUUGUAAUUUCUAUGGUUCAAGUUCAAGAUAUUCACCAUGUAAUUUCUUUAAUUUUCUUUCUUGAUUGGCUUUCAUGGCUGAGACUAUGUAUUUUAAUUAUUUCUUAGUUACCAACUAAUUGUGCAUUAGAAUUUGACCUGGA